AUAAAAUCAUUUUUUUCAUCUUUCACAUUCUCUUUCCUCCACCCUUCUAACUUUCCAUCAUUCUUCGUCAUUUUGAACAAUCAUCGUCGCCAUCAAUUAUCAUCAUUACAUCUCUGAACCAGAUCUACCGAUCCGAACGAGGGAUUACUCCAUUGAUAAAAUCACGAAGCUUCAGCUUCUUAUUCAAAAAUGUCGAGCGAUGGCGAUGAUCUUGACGAAGAUGAGCUUCUUCAGAUGGCAUUGAAAGAGCAAGCUGAACGAGAUGUUAAUUACCGAAAACCUCCAUCAAAAUCAUCUAAACCAGUCGCAAAUUAUGUUCAACCUCCUUCAACAAAGUCUUCCAACAAAAACCCUAACCCUAAUCCUAGACGAAGGAGUCAUACUAAGUCUAUGGAUGAGGAUGAUGAUUCUGAGGUUGAAAUGUUGAGUAUAUCUUCUGGUGAUGAGGAAUCUUCUAAAGCAUCGACUUAUGGUGGUGGUGAUGCUAAAGGAAGAAGUAAAGCUAGAGUUUCUAAAGACGACGGCGAUUCUCAGUGGGCUGGUGGUGAACCUGAUUGCUGGAAACGUGUUGAUGAGUCUGAGCUUGCUCGUCGAGUUCGAGAGAUGCGUGAGGCUAAAGCUGUACCGGUACCUGUGGUCCCUAAGUUUGAACAUAAAUCUUCUGCAGCAGGUAAAAAAGGGCUGGCUAAUUUGCAGUCAUUUCCACGAGGAAUGGAGUGUAUUGAUCCACUAGGAUUGGGGAUAAUAGACAACAGAACACUAAGGUUAAUAACAGAGUCUUCUGACAGUUCUCCCUCGAGAGGAAGAGAUAAUAUUGAUAAUGAUCUCCGCGAGAAGUUGGCAUAUUUCUCAGAAAAGUUUGAUGCAAAGUUGUUCCUUUCACGCAUACAUCAAGAAACAAGUGCAGCCGAUCUGGAGGCUGGUGCUCACGCUAUAAAAACAGAUCUUAAAGGCCGCACUCAGCAGAGAAAAAAUUUGGUGAAGGAAAAUUUUGAUUGUUUUGUCUCAUGCAAGACAACUAUCGAUGAUAUCCAAUCAAAGUUAAAAAGGAUUGAAGAAGAUCCAGAGGGCGCAGGGACAAUGCACCUGUACAAUAUCAUUCAGGGAGUGAGUUCACUUGCUACCCGUGCUUUUGAGCCACUGUUUGAGAGACAGGCUCAAACAGAAAAGAUUAGGUCUGUUCAAGGGAUGCUUCAAAGGUUUCGGACACUUUUUAACCUGCCUAGUACAAUUCGUGCUAGUAUCAGCAAUGGUGAACAUGAUUUGGCGGUUAGGGAAUAUAAAAAAGCAAAGUCUAUUGCACUGCCAUCUCAUGUUGGAAUAUUGAAGCGUGUGCUUGAAGAGAUUGAAAAAGUGAUGCAUGAAUUCAGGGGAACGCUUUACAAAACUAUGGAAGAUCCACAGAUAGAAUUAACAGAUCUUGAAAACACUGUGAGGCUGCUGUUGGAGCUAGAACCUGAAUCUGAUCCUGUGUGGCACUAUCUCAACUUACAGAACCAAAGAAUUAGAGGUUUGCUUGAAAAAUGCACCUAUGAUUAUGAGGCAAGACUUGAAGCAUUACAGAAUGAUAUACACGAGAGGGCUGUCUCUGAUGCAAAGUGGAAACAAAUAUUGCAGGGAUCUAGUCAAUCUCCAGACGCAAAUGGUAAUAUUGACCUCGCUGGAGAGUCUCAGUAUCCGGAGUUGACUGGGGAGGAAGUUGAUGCUUUGAAAAAGAAGUACAUUCAGAAGCUCACAGCUGUGCUCAUUCAUUAUUUACCAGCCUUUUGGAAAAUAGCACUUUCAGUUUUCAAUGGAAAAUUUGCCAAGUCUUCCCAAGUUGGUGCUGAUUCCAACGCCAUUGCCACAAAGAUUGACGAUAAGUUUGGUGACGUGUCGACUCAUUCUCUUGAUGAAGUUUCAGGAAUGAUGCGUGGUACAAUUUCUCUGUAUGAGGCUAAGGUCCUCAACACAUUUCGCGAAUUCGACGAAUCAAAUAUUCUUCAACCAUAUAUGUGUGACUCCAUAAAAGAAGUAUCUAAAGCUUGUCAGGCUUUAGAAGUCAAAGAAUCAGCCCCUACUAUUAUUGUUAUGGCACUGAGAGCCGUUCAUGCUGAGGUUUCUAAGACUUACAUAAUGAGGCUUUGUUCAUGGAUGAGAACUACUCUCGAGGAUUUGUCAAGAGAUGAAACUUGGGUUGCAGUGUCAAUUAUUGAGCGGAAUAGAUCGCCAUACAGGAUCUCUUACUUGCCUCUAGCAUUCCGGUCAAUCAUAACUUCAGCUUUAGAUCAAGUCGGCCAGAUGCUUCAAUCAUUAAAAAGUGAGGCAGCAAAGGCUGAAGAUGUCUUUAUUCCUUUCCCAGAAAUUCAAGAAUCUGUCAGAUUAUCUGCUUUGAAUUGCUUCCUCGAUUUUGCUGCGCAUCUUGAACGUAUUGGAACUGAGUUGACGCAGAGCAGAUCAAACUGGGGAAGUCCACAUUUAGCUAAUGGGCAUUCUAAUGAAUCCUCGGAAAGGUCGUUGGAUCUUCCUCCCGGAAGCAUUGUUGAUCCACAUCAACAGUUGCUAAUGGUCUUGAGCAACGUUGGAUAUUGUAAAGAUGAACUUUGCUACGAGCUUUACAACAAAUACAAGCAUAUCUGGUCACAUUCACGGGAGAGAGAUGAAGAGGACUCUGACAAAGUUGAUUUGGUGAUGGCUUUCUCUGCUCUUGAAGAGAAGGUCCUGGAACAGUAUACUUUUGCCAAGGCAAACUUGAUCAGGACAGCUGCAAUGAGUUACUUAUUAGAUGCUGGAGUUCAAUGGGGUGCAGCCCCUUCAGUCAAAGGUGUACGUGAUGCAGCUGUGGAGCUCUUACACACGCUGGUAGCAGUGCAUGCAGAGGUUUUCUCUGGUUGUAAACCUCUUUUAGACAAGACACUUGGUGUUCUUGUCGAAGGCUUAAUUGAUACUCUUUUGAGUAUCUUCCAUGAGAAUGAAAGCAAAGAACUCAGAUCACUGGAUGCAAAUGGUUUCUGUCAGCUUAUGCUUGAGCUUGAAUACUUUGAGACUGUAUUGAAUCCCUACUUUACAAACGACGCAAGGGAGUCUUUAAAGUCAUUGCAAGGAAUUCUUCUCGAAAAAGCUACUGAAAGUGUGACAGAGGUUGUUGAGAAUCCUGGGCAUCAUCGCCGCCCAACACGGGGAGCUGAAGAUGCUCUUGUUGAUGAGAGGCAGCAGGGAAUUAGUGUGUCGCCAGAUGAUCUCAUAGUUCUUGCACAGCAGUGUAGCUCGGAACUUCUUGAAGCCGAACUCGAAAGAACACGUAUAAACACCGCUUGCUUUGCAGAAUCUCUUCCACUGGACUCUGUCCCAGAACCUGUAAAAUCUGCUUAUGCGUCUUUUAGAGGUUCCGUGGAUUCUCCGAGCAAGACUUACAGAGGCACGCAAGCAGUUAGUUCUCCUAGCUUCUCCAAACAACGACGUAGAUGAGUUAUCAUGUAUUUGACCCUGUAUCUAUUCACUUUCUCCGCCCAUCUGCAUUUUUUGCUCAGUUUUGCUCCAUUUGUGUAAUUGCUACAUAUUAGUAAUUGUAAUAGAAAAGAUACCAAGCCAUUUACUGUAAGUGUGCUAAUAGAUCGCAAUGUGGCUAUUCUUUUCAAGCCUUUGCUAUUGUUCCUCGACAGCGUUAUAAUCAUAUAAAUCUGCUAUGAUUUCAUGAAAA